AUGAAGUAUAAAAUUAUUAGAUUUAAUAAAUAUAAAAAAAUUAAAGAUACAAAUCUAUAUGAAGAUAUUAAUUUUUUUGAAGAAAAUGAAUCUCAAUUUAAAGAAACUAAUGACAAAUUUGAAGAAUAUGAUGUCAAAUUUGAAGAAAAUGAUGAUCAAUUAAAAGAAAUUUAUCAUAAUAAUAAAUUUGAAGAAAUUGAUUAUCAAAAAUGGAUAGUAGCAAUAUCAAAUAUGAAACAAAAUUUUAUUUUUGUUGCAAUUUCUUUUAAUAAAGAAAGCAUUACUGAGGAUGAAAAAUACUUUGAUUAUGUUCAUCAUCAAAAUCAACAUACAAAGAAAAGACAACCAUUUAAAUAUAAUGCAGAACCAUGGAUAACUGAUAAUCAUUUUGAAAAAAUGUGUGUAUAUCUUAAUCAAGAAGAAUCGAUGCAAUUAUAUAUCGGAAAAUGUACUCUUCAAGUAUGGCGUAAAAUUGAGCAAAAAGAAAAUUUAUUUCUUGAAUAUUUUUGGGCUAAUGAAGAUUAUGAAAAUAGAUAUACUUUUCAAAUAUUUGAAUUAAAAGUUUAUAAAAAUGUUUUUGAGGAAAUUAAGUAUAAUAUUUCCCGUAUUAUUUGGAGAUUUGUUAGAAAUUGUCCUGAAAAUUGGAAAUUAUUGGACAUUCACUAUAACCUCAUGGCAAAAAUUAUAAUUAGUGGCUCAAUUACUCUCAUUAAAUAUAUUUUAUUUGGUGAUAAAAAAAUAAAACAUAAAUAUUUGCAUAUACCAAGAAUAAAUCGAUGGAAUGAUUCAGAAAAAUCUGACGAGUCUAAAAAAUUUGAAUGUAUAGUAAAUUAUAAUUUGGAAAAUACAUAUGAUCAAAUUAAUUUUAGUAAACUAAGUGAUUUACAAAUUGCUAUUAAAUUGUGUAAACAAGAUUUUAAUCGUAAAAGUAGAAUUUUAGUUGUAACUUAUUUACUUGAAUAUUAUACAAAGAAUGCAACUGAAAAUCUUGGAUGGUUAAUUGCGAUUUCAAAAGCAUUACCAGAUUUAUAUGCACAUAAAUUAGAAUAUUUUGCGAAUGAAUUAUUUUAUAAAAGAUGCAUAGAAGGUUUAGAAAUAUUAAAUAUUAUUAAACAUACAGAGUUUGUACCUAGAGAAUAUCUAAUUACUUCAAAUAAGUUUAUAGCAUUUAAUCCCAUUUCGAAAUUUAUUUUAACAAUAGAGCCAAAAUCCAAUUUUAAAACUUUAGAAAAUGAUUUGAAAUUGAGAUUGGCAAAACUUUACUUAAAAAUUUUUUCAAAAGAUUAUGAAAAUUAUUCUCCAACCAUAAAAUUAGUUCCUUUACAUAAUUUUACUGUUAAUAGUAUAACUCAAAAAACGUAUAAUAAUGAAGAUAAUGCAGAAAAAUUUUCACAACUUAGUCCAUUUGUUCAAAUCAUUAGAUCAGAAAGUAAUAAUGAUAUAUUUAACAACCCUGUAAUGGAAGCUCUUGUUUUGCGAUCAUUUGCAGAACUUAUGUGUCGCAUUUUGAAGCAACGGGAUACCAUUGUGGAAUACAGACAAUUGGAACAUCAUGGUUGGAGACGUUAUUUUAACUUAUUUAAUUGUGCAGAUUUAGUUUCACCUGUCAUUGCGAUAGUUGUAAUGUCAGUUUAA